UCACGAGUCAACUUCAGAUGCUUCCGCAAACUCGAGGGCUGACCACCCAUCUUCCAUCCCCACCCAUCUUCAAUAGAGGAAUUUCUCUCAUCCUUCACAAAUGCCCUAAAACUCAAAAACUUUCCUUGUUAAGGAAGAAGAACUCGUGCCGCGGACUCUCAAUUCGACCUCCGAACUGCUCUAUCUCAGUGGUCUCACCAGAGCCUACCCAAUCUGAAUCGGCUAACGAUGGCAAGCCAUUUCCAGCUGAAGUUUCUAGAACAAUAAUGGAAUUGGCCUCCGUAGGCACUCUCUCCACACUGACCCAAGAUGGUUGGCCUAUGGGCAUCGGAGUUCGCUUUGCUGUUGACCCUGAAGGCACCCCUCUCCUCUGCUUGAAUGACUCCAUUUCUGAAGUCUCUGUUAAUAUCAAGUCCAGCUUCCACGUCCAGCUAGACCAGUGUGGUGUGAGGACUUUGCAGUGCACAGUGCAAGGUGUCCUUGUGAAGCCAGAAGACCCUAAGGUUUUGGAGAAGCUACAAUCAGUAUGGAAAAGGCGUUUUGGCUAUGAUGUAGAUGAACACUGCUUGUAUGCUGUUUCUGUUGAACGGUUGCUUCAAAUUGAAGAUCUCGGGGAGGAUGGGGUAUGGGUCGCCUCUUCAGAAUACAAGCUCGCAAGCCCUGAUCCACUCAGAGACUUUGCCGAAAGAAUGAUCACAGAGAUAAAUCUUCACAAUAUGGAAGACGUUAUUCGUUUUUGUAAUGCCUAUGUGGAUUUGAAUUUCCGGGUAUCAGAUGCACGGAUGCUAUGGGUUGACCGAUUAGGGUUUGAUGUCCGCUUCUGGUCUCCCCAAAAGGAUGUCUUUGAAGUUAGAAUCCCUUUUCCUAGAGAAGUGGCUGAUGAGAAGGGCGCUAAAUCUUCUUUCAAUUGUAUGUCUCAACUUGCUUGGGAAGUGGAAAAGAAUUUCCAUGCACUAGAGUUUGAGAAGGCUAAGAAGCUUAAAAAGAUCACGUCAAAGGGAAGAUUCGAAAAGGUUGCUUAACAUUCUGAAGUUUGCAUCCAUACUUGGUCUAAUCCAAACUAGUUCCCCAAUAUUCGCUUUCUGUGAGAAAGCGUGUCGGUGUUCAUGAUCAUUGGAGCUUGUUUGCUCUGUCCAUCAAACUUUUUUGUAAAACAAAGUUUUGAAAUGAGGUGAUAUUGCUAUGUUGUGGUUUUGUUGGUUUGGUCAAGAUGACAAUUAGUCAUUGUUUCAUCUCUGUAUGAUCUAAUAUUGCAUUUGUGGUCUUAAAAUUAGGUUGUUAAAGUUUUGGUGAAAAGUAAGGUUCAUAGACAUGAAGUUCUUGUAGCUUUCUAUAUGUGUAUUUAGACCCAAAAAAGAAUCAUAACAGGGAAAUUACGUGUUUCACAAC